GAUUUGUUAAACCCUGACCCCAUUGUGACGGUUAUUAUCAAGAUAUACAUCAUCGAUAGGGGAACCAAAAUGACCAACAUUGGACGGACAAAGGCAAAAGCACGCGGUCGCUUCAGUCAGCGAUCGGAACGCGACGCGGGAACUUCUCCCGCUCUGUCACGUAACAUGACUUGUCUCGUGGAAUGAAAAUAACAAACGUCACUUUUGAAAUGCGCGCGAAAUUAAUGUUUUUUGUUUUUAAUUGUUGUUAAUGUUUUUAUAAGUGUUGUUAAAUAUGUGAAACAAAAAUGUGCUUUUGUGAUUUAUGACUUGUUUUCUUAUUAAUAUUGUGGUAAGUUAGAUGGCGUCGCGAGCGCAUUAAACCGGGUGCAGCGGACCGUAAUUCUAAAAGUGGACACACUGAACUUAUCCACUAAUUAGCGUUAGACUAAAUAUUAGACAGUGAGAGUGAAAUAGAAAACAUAGGAUUAUACAAGUGCGAGUGAAAAGGAACUUCGGCAAGCUUCCAAAAUGAAUUUGAUGUUUCGCAAGAACUUCAGCGGUGAGAAGGCGAGUAGUGGCGGAGGUGGGGGCGGGGGUAAAGCGCGGGGGGCGCUGGGGGCAGGCAGGAACGCGAAGCGGCGCGAGCGCAGCGAUAGGUUCUGUAUGGAGGAGCAUCACUAUAGGACUCAUCUGUUCUUCUCCGCGCCGAGGACAAGCGCGCAAUAUACUGAUUCAGGUUAUCGAGAAUCUAUUGGAUCAGGAUGGCAAGGUACACUAAAGAGUUUUAGUACCCAAAAGCGAUGUGGUCCAGUGCUGGGCGGGGGCUCGGGGCCAGAUACGGAGCCCCCGCAGCCGCUGGUGACGCGGGAGCCGGGGGUAUCGUUGCUACGCUGGGAGCGACCCACGUCGGAGCACCGCCGCGCGGCGCCCGUCUCACUCGCCACGCUAGAGAAAGACUGCUUCGUUAUACCAGCACACGCUCUUGACAGAUUCCUGCCUGACGGUGUACCGCUGCCAGUCCCUCCCCCUACACCGGAGAAGGGCAUAACAACAAAAACAACACAAAAUUCCCUCAGCAUCUUAGAAAUAGCGGACCCGAAGUUAUGCAUAUUAGCACAUUUGAUGAGUCCCUUGGAACCUAUAGAACCUAUUUUAGAAUCUCCACUAGCUAAACCUUUAAUUAAACAGAAAAUGGCCGCGGGAGAGUUACUCAGUGAUAUUGCUCAAGCGAAUACCGCCGUCGGAGGAAUGCUACUAGCCAAUAUGGAGAAGAAUUCAGAGUUCCCUUUCAUAUCUUAUUACGUUAUAAACACAACACAAACGGAUCCAUUGUUAUUUUAUAAUAACCUAAGAGGUGCAUCAUUGAGUAAAUUCGACCCGAAGACGAUCAGAUACUCAGCUGCGCAUACGUUAGAUUUGUACAGCGAAGUUGCGAUGAUCUGUCGACCGCCUUUCAACGAUUUAGCCGGUGGUCCAAAGAAGUCACACACACCAACAACCGGCUUUAUUAUUAGCGUGUACAAGGUGUUCGAAGGCGACGACGGUGAACGAUUCGAAAGGAACUGGUUGUAUUGGACUGGGGCGAGGAUGUUGUAUAGACAUUUACCUCACACUGUCGGCAUGAGGAAGAUCGCAUUGCACAAGUCUGUUGCAGCGCACGGCGAUAAAAUGUACUUGUUGGUCUGCGAGUGUGCCAACUUGUUGGACGAUUUGUCGGGCGCGGCGAUGAUAGUGACGGCGCUACGAGCUCGCUUGUGCGGCUACACCGGGCUCUACAAACCCAUACAAACUUUCUAGCAGAGGGCUCAAGGCCACGGCCUUGAUUAGUCCCUUUAAAGUCCU